GGACACGCAGAAGGUAGGCGGGGGGGCGCAUGCGAUAUAUAUAUAGGGGGCAAAGUGGGCGCCGCGGGGGUGACGGUUGACGGGGUGGCGGGCGAGGAUGGAGGGUUCUCGGGAUGAAGCGAGCGAACAGCUGCGCAACUGGCAGAACUCGAGGGCUGAUGUGCCUGUAGAUACUUUGACCACUGGAGCAGGCCAUCCUGUUGGAGACAAGUUAAAUGUCCUUACAGCAGGACCGAGAGGGCCACUACUUAUACAGGAUACAGUGUAUAUUGAUGAAAUAGCACACUUUGAUCGGGAAAGGAUCCCUGAGCGUGUUGUACAUGCAAAGGGAGCAGGUGCCUUUGGCUAUUUUGAGGUGACCCACGACAUCACAAGAUACUGCAAGGCCAAAGUAUUUCAGCAUAUAGGAAAAAGAACAUCUGUAUCUGUCCGCUUUUCAACUGUAGGGGGUGAAUCUGGUUCUGCAGACACUGUUCGUGACCCUCGAGGAUUUGCUUGCAAGUUUUACACCGAAGAAGGAAUUUGGGAUCUGACUGGUAACAACACACCCAUAUUCUUCAUCCGGGACCCUUUCUUGUUUCCAUCAUUCAUUCAUACCCAGAAGAGGAACCCCCAGACUUUCCUCAAGGAUGCAGAUAUGGUCUGGGACUUUUUCUCACUUCGCCCAGAGUCCCUUCAUCAGGUCAGUAUCCUGUAUAGUGACCGUGGAAUUCCUGAUGGCCAUCGUCAUAUGAAUGGAUAUGGGUCACACACUUUUAAGCUGGUCAAUGACAAGCAAGAGGCUGUAUACUGCAAGUUCCAUUUAAAGACAAACCAAGGCAUCAAAAAUCUUUCUGUUGAUGCAGCUAAAUGUUUGGCUUCUGAAGAUCCUGACUAUUCUAUUCGAGACCUCUACAAUGCCAUAGCUUCUGGAAAUUACCCAUCCUGGAAUCUGUAUAUCCAAGUCAUGAGCUUUCAAGAAGCAAGAGUGCAUCGAUGGAAUCCCUUUGACGUGACUAAGGUUUGGCCUCAUAAGGAGUUUCCAUUGAUCCCUGUGGGGCAGCUUGUCCUCAGCAAGAACCCUGUCAACUAUUUUGCAGAUGUGGAACAAAUAGCCUUUGAUCCCAGUAACAUGCCCCCAGGCAUUGAACCUAGUCCUGACAAGAUGCUUCAGGGCCGCUUGUUUUCUUACCCUGAUACUCAUAGGCACCGCCUGGGUGCUAACUAUCUUCAGCUGCCUGUGAACUGCCCAUUUAAGUGCCGUGUGACUAACUAUCAGAGGGAUGGACCAAUGUGCUCCACUGAUAACCAGGGUGGAGCCCCAAAUUAUUAUCCAAAUAGUUUUAGUGCUCCUGAAGUCCAGCCUCGGGCCAUUGAGCACUCCCUGGCUACAACAGGUGAUGUUGCUCGGUACAACAGCUCGGAUGAUGAUAACUUUUCCCAGGUCACUACGUUUUAUGUGAAUGUACUAAAUGCAGAUGAGCGCCGGAGACUCUGUGAGAACAUUGCAAGGCAUCUCAAGGAUGCUCAGGUUUUCAUUCAGAAGAGAAUGGUGGAUCUGUUAACCAGAGUGCAUGCUGACUAUGGUGCACAAGUCUCUUCAUUGUUGGAGAAGUACAAUAGUUCCUGUCCUCAGAAGCCGGUGAUCAAAACCUACACUCGUUAUUCUCCUGAUCGCACCAUUGCUUCUGAGAAGUCUAACCUGUGAUAAGUUGAAAAAGUGCAAUGUCACUUUCUGCAUUCUCAGUAUGUUUAUACUGUGAUUAUACUGAUUAACUCUCAAUUUCAAAUCUCAUUAUAAUUUUUUAAAACAAAUAUGCAAGAAAAAUCAGUCUGGCUGCUUGCAUUUGUAACCAAUCCUAUUAAGUUUCCCCUCCUUUACUGCUUUCUAAUUUUCCCUAUGUGCAUUUAAUUAAAUAUUUCUUGAUUUGGGCUAUGGUGAUGGUUUGAAAUUUCAUAACAAGCAGCCAUUAUUGAGCUGGCUCUUCUAUAGUUCAGCUAAAAGCAUGCAGUAAUUAUCGAAGAUUAUUCUCCUUGCCCUAAUAUUAGCACUUAUACUUUGUACAUGGUUAAGGUUUCUGCUAAAUAUAACUUCAAUGCAUUAGUUUCUGUGCCUUUGUUCUUGCAAUGCCAUACUGCAAGUAAUUAUGCUGCACAAAUGCAGCACUUUGAUUCAUUGGACUAAGCUGAUUUUAACAAUCUAGAAGGUGGGAUACUGGAUAAAGGAAGUUCAAAUUAAGUGCUUAAUAAUCAAACUUGCAAAUAUUAUCAUAAAUACUUCAAGCUGACUCUCAGCUGUUGAGAGUUGUUAUCAAGUCUCAAGUAAAUGAUUUCCUGCUGUUGGUGCUGUGUACAACACCCAUUCAUUUUACUCUAGUUUUUGAUGUAAUGUCAGCUUAACAUUGGCUUUAAUUUUCCUUUGGUUCUUCACGAUUCUCAUCUGAUAUUUCAAUUUCAUCCUUUGUGUUAAGUGUUCCAGACAAAAUUGAAUUGGAUUCCUUUUGACUUGCUCAUGUUUAAUUUCUAAUUAAAUUGAUUUAAUGCUGAA